GCUUCCUGUACAGUCACGUGCGAUAACGCCUCUAUUAUCUGGUCACGUGUAAUUUUCCGAUAGCGCUAUGCCUAGAAAGGCACCGCCGCCGCGUGCUUCUCCAUGGUCAAAAGUCUUUGGGUUCAUUACCUCAUAUAAGUACGACCUGGAUUGCACAUAUCUUCCCAGUUUGGGAGCAGUACAUAUCUUUUAUUUUCUUUCAAGUGGUCAUCCUAUCAAAUAGCCUAGCCCUGAAUGUCCUCCCGUGCGAUCCGCAAGCUGCAAAGGCUGCGUGAACAAGAGUCGCAGCAAGCGUCAGCACAAGAAGAGGAUGAGUCCAGUGACGAGGAGCCGGUCAUCCAGCCGUCAAAGCCCAAGCUGAAUGCCUUUGACAUUUUGAGUGCAGCCGACGAAGAAGAUGAGGAUUCAGGCGACAUUGUUGAUGACGCCCAGGAGACGCAGACUCAACCCCCCGAACCUAUCCCUCAGCCUGCGACCCAAGCCAGUUCCAGCAAGAAGAAGAAGAAGAAGAAUAAAAAGUCUUCAAAGCCGGUGGUUCCCAGUGAAGCUAUAGGAGCGAAGGUCGAUGAGGCCGAGUUGGAUGAGAUCGAUCGAGCACUAAAAGAGUUGGCGGCGAACGAGAACCCUUCCCAAGCGGCCGAAUCUCCUGCUGCCACCAUAAAUACACGGGAUCCAUCAUUCCCAAAGAGCCCGGAGGAACUGCUGGCAAUAGAGCCUAAAUUCCUAAAUGCAACGAAUGAGAUGCGAAAACUGUUUGGGAACGUCGUGUUGGAAACAUUCGACCAGUCCGAAGAUGCAAAUACAGGUCGGCGAAGGGAUAGGCGCGGAGAAAUGGUUGAUCUUGGUCGAGCUCUGACGGGCAGAUACAGUCCUGCGAGUAGGGGCCAAAGCUUGGCGGGCGUCACCUUACGAAAGAAUGCCCUCAUGGCAGGCAAGGACGAAUGGCCGCGAGCUCCCAGCGGUGGUCUAGGAAUGGAGGUUGAGGAACGGUUUCCAAAUGGGAACACAGUCUACCGUAUUGUUCAUAACACUGCAUAUACGGAUGUGCAGAGGCAGUUUGAAAUGUGCGUGGAGUCGAUGGAUCCGCAGAGGCUCAUUCAUCUUCUACAAUACAAUCCAUAUCAUAUCUCAACCCUUCUUCAGGUAUCGGAAAUCGCAAAGCAUCAGGGCGACCAUGCAGUAUCUGCCGACCUUCUUGAACGCGCUCUUUUCAAUAUUGGUCGUUCUGCACAUUCGUCUUUUGGCAAUAAACUCAAGGAGGGACAGGCACAACUUAACUUCAUUCAUGCAGAGAAUCGGGAACUUUGGCUAGUGGGCUGGAGGUAUAUUGCUAAUUUGGGCAUGAAAGGAACGUGGAGGACAGCUUAUGAAUGGGCUAAACUUUUGCUUUCUCUUGACAUCGCUGAUCCCUAUUGCAUCAAACUCCUAAUCGACCAUCUAGCUUUACGGGGAAGAGAAUAUGCCCACUUUGUCGAGUUAUGCACGCAGACCCGGCUCAGCAGGGAUUGGGCAUCAUUUCCUAAUAUCCAAUGCUCUCUGGCGCUAGCAUAUCUUCGACUUAACAAGCCCAAGGAAUGCCGAGAGCGUCUAUACCUCGCCAUGAGGCGUUAUCCAUGGUUAUUCUGCAGACUCGCCCAAGAGCUGGACAUCAGCCCAAUGCCGAAACAGAUUUGGGGCAAGCUGCCUCCAACGGAUGCCCAUGAACUAUUUACCGAGCUUUACAUCGCGCGGGCCAAAGAUCUUUGGAAUACGCCGGAGGUUGUUUCUCUUAUCGUCGAAAUUGCCAAUACUCUCAUGGAAAAGGAAGAGCCAAUUGAACCUCCAGAGAUUACGUUGGACAUUGCACGGCAUGUAGUCCUGUCGGACAUACCCAAAGUCACCACGCACCUUCCCGGACGCUUCAUAUCUGGACGUAUUUCGGCGUCGGACCCUUUACCUCCCUACGAUUCAGAGGCAUAUCGAGAACAGUCCAAUCCCGUACCCUCCUAUCUUUCCCGACUCCCCAUUGGCCAGCCUCAGUGGCUGCGUGAUAUUUUGGGCCAAAUGAUACCUGCAGAUCCAUCUGCAAAUGACAACGAAGAACGGAACGGUAAUGCACCCGGAGAGCCCGCGGUUGAGAGGGAUCCCUCGGCUGGCCCUGCGCCUGAAAUCGACCGGCAAACACUGGAACAAUGGCUCUUAGGGGAUGGCCUGCAGUCCCUACAAGCUUUCCUUGGCCAAAAUGGCGUUGACCGUGGCAACUGGGGAGAUGAUGUUGACCUUACUCCGUUGACGGACUACGUGAAUAUUUUGAGCACCAUUUUGCCGGAUAGCUUCCGGCAGAGCUUAUUGAAUGGUGCCAUAAGAGAAGCGGUGGGUGAUAUCGUUGUAAACGUGUUGGAAGAAGAGCUUAUGUUGCUGCAAUAUGACACGGAUGAUGACGAUACUCAUCCUGUAUGACUGUUUUCUUUUCUUUUCCAGGCAUUUAUUGGCGUUACCUCCUUCAUGUAUAAGAUACCAUAAAAAGCCUCAUUACAAUGUGGUUAAAUAGCAUCGAAUGCCAUAGUUGCGCUGUCAAAGAAGAUUUUUCUCCUUGUGAGUAUGUACUCUC